ACUUUUCACGCAACUUUACAUUCUGACAUUAAAAUAUAAAACAGAAUUUAAUAAGUCAAACACUGCUGUUCUACCAAAGGAAGAAACGCUGAUUUUGAUAUUCUUGAGAAUCAUUAAUUCUCUCAACUUAUUCAAUCAACAAUGCCAACAUCACUUGCAUUUAUUUAAACUAAUAAAUGACAAUUGCAGAUAAAAUUUUUGGUACCAAGAAAAUAAUAAUUAUAUUAAAUUCUGUCGGUUGAUUCAGGCCUAGUUUAGAUCUUGACAUGACAAGAAUUUAAUAAUCAAUGUUCAAUCAGUAUCAACAUAUUUAUCUAAAUUCUUCUGGAGUUUCGUUUUAGGUAUGAAAAGAACUUAUACUAUACUUCUUCAAAUGUUUUCCUAUCAUUUGAUAAAAAUCAAAGACAUUAGUCGCAAUAUGUCUGCCUGGUAAAUAUGGUAUAGUCUGUUCUUUUAGUCAACAUAUACAAAGCUCAGAAGUCAAGAAUCUGUGACUAUACACUUGAAUACUCUCAUCCAUCCUUUCUGGAUCCCUUCUCUUGGCGAGACUUACAGUGCUAUAAUUGCGUAGCACUCUGUAUUUUCAAACGCAGUUGCCACAGGGUUAUCGUGUUGGCAACAGCAACGCCCAAUAUACAGUUUUUCUGGAGCGUCAUCCAUUUUAUUAAUCUGAUUGACAGAACAAACUUUCUUUAUAUCAGCUGCAUGACUGAUUUGUGAUAAUCAUUUAAGAAUUCAGAAGCGAUUGUAACCUUUUGAGUGAAAUUUCAGAAUUAUAUUGAAAAUAUUGUGUGAAAUGUGGCCGUUCAGUACACAGUGUCAGAGCAAGGUGCGCCUUGUUGGCAAGACCGUCAUUAUCACCGGAGGGAAUACCGGUAUCGGCAAGGAAACCGCUAAGGAUUUAUACAGAAGAGGUGCUCGAGUCAUUCUUGCCUGUCGGGAUCUUCAGAAAGGAAAUGAAGCCGCUGAAGAAGUGAAGAAUAAACUGCCGUCGAAACCGCAAAGGGAACAAUUCCAGGGCGAACCAGGAGAAGUUCAAGUAUGUCGUCUGGACUUGACUAGUUUGGCUAGUGUCAGAGAAUGUGCACAAAAUCUUCACACAACGGAAACGGCUGUGCAUAUUCUCAUCAACAAUGCUGGCAUAAUGAUGUGUCCCUUUGCAAAGACCGAAGACGGUUUCGAAUCUCAGUUGCAGACCAAUCACCUUGGACAUUUUUUGUUCACGCUUCUACUUCUACCGAAGAUUCGUACUUCCGGUCCUGGCUGUCGGAUUGUUAAUGUAUCAUCAUUGGCUCAUAUACAUGGAGACAUUCAUUUUGAUGAUCUGAAUUUGGAAAAGUCUUACUCGCCAAUUAAAGCUUACGCUCAAAGCAAGCUAGCUAAUGUUUUGUUCACUAAAGAAUUGGAUAAACGUUUGAAAGACGCUAAAAUUGAUAAUAUCACUACCUACUCUCUUCAUCCUGGUGUUAUAUCUACUGAAUUAUCGAGGCAUUUGGAUUCAUCAUUUUUCCGCGGAAGUCGAUCGCUCUUCUCGUUUUUUUGGGGACCAUUUAUGAAGACACCAGAACAGGGUGCACAGACCACUAUCUAUUGUGCAGUCGCUGAAGAAUGUAGUAAAGAGAGUGGACUUUAUUAUAGAUUUUCAUUUUUUUAGGGAAUGCGCAGUGAAUAAUCCGUCUAACAAAGCUAAGGAUGCAAAUGUAGCUAAUAAAUUGUGGAAUGAAAGCAUGAAGAUGGUGGGGUUGGACCCUGAAGAUAACAUUGAAGAAUUAUUGAAAAAGAUUGAGAAAGAUAUUUUACCUCCUCUGCAGAGCAUAUUAAAAAAUACAGAGAAAGAUGUUCCAUCGUCAAAUCCAUAAUUUUAUCUAAAACGACAUCGUUUUUAUGAGUAUUAAUAUAAUUAUCGAACAACUA